ACCUCUCCUGUCACCAUGUCCUACAGCUGCUGCUCUGGAAACUUCUCCUCCCGCUCCCUUGGAAGCAACCUCCGCUAUCCAGGCUGCUUCUGUGGCUCUUCCUACCCCAGCAACCUGGUCUACAGCACUGACCUCUGCUCUCCCAGAACCUGCCAGCUGGGCUCCUCUCUCUACAGUGGCUGUCACAAGACUUGCUGGGAGCACACCAGAUACCAGACAUCCUGUGUGGUGUCCAGCCCCUGCCAGAGGUCCUGCUACCGCCCAAGGACCUCCAGUCUCUGCAGUCCCUACGGGUCAACUUAUAUUUGGUAUCUGGGCUGUAGGUCCAGUGACAGUUGUUGCCCAGGCUAUGGAUCUAGAAGUUCCUAUUCACUGGGCUGUGGAUCCAGUGGCUUCAGACCACUGCGUUAUGGAAUCUGUGGCUUCCCUUCCUUGAGCUCUGGAUCCAGAUUCUGCCAUCCAACCUAUUUUCGUUUUUGGAAUCUCCAGCCAUCUUGCUACCGGCCGAUCUGUGGAUCUGACUUCUACAGAUUCACUUGUUGA